GGUGGCAGGCAGCAGUCCGAGCUAGACACCGUACGCGCUUACAACCCCCGCGGCCCGAGGAACACGCCGGUGACGCAAUUACACUGCAAACCCACUCACCUGAGUGAGUGCCCCACCCCCGCCUUAAUUUUCAUUUCCGACACCGCCAGUAGAGCGCGGAUCGCGAGUCUCGCAAGUGACAGGGCAGCGUUCAAAUCGCGUCGACGCUACUGUUGUUGUUUGUCAUUUCUGCGUAUUCGUGUGCCCCAAUUCGAGUCGAUUUUUUUUGGUCCGAAUUUGUGUAUGUGCAGCUCGCAGGGUAGUAAGACUAUCGUGAACCGUGGAGGCCUCUUUUAACACGACGAAGAGAGGUCGGCACCCUCUGGGAGACAGCGUGUCCCCUCUGCCUGCCGCCACUCCACCGUCCCUUAAGAGGGCUCGCCACGAGUCCGGCUCGUUAACACCACCUGAUCAGGAAAUGGAAGCACCCUUAGGAGUCACCCUGAGCCAGAGCAUGGAUUCUGUCAACACCAACAAUGGGGAAGAAGAGGUCCGAACGUUAUUCGUUAGCGGAUUGCCAAUGGACGCCAAACCAAGAGAAUUAUAUUUAUUGUUCCGAGCCUAUGAGGGUUACGAGGGUUCUCUGCUCAAAGUUACGAGUAAAAAUGGUAAAACUGCAUCGCCCGUAGGUUUCGUAACUUUCCACACGAGAGCUGGAGCGGAAGCGGCAAAACAGGACCUGCAGCAGGGCGUAAGGUUUGACCCCGACAUGCCUCAGACCAUCAGACUGGAGUUUGCUAAAAGUAACACCAAGGUUAGCAAGCCUAAACAGCAAGCUGCUAGUGCCGCCAAUACGCACCCAACUCUGAUGCACCCCCUCACAGGACAUCUGGGCACGCCGUUUUUUCCAGGGGCCCCCGAGCUAUGGCACCAUCCUCUGGCCUAUUCUGCCACCGAGCUACCUGGGGCUGCCCUACAACAUGCGACGCUAGUUCAUCCGGCACUCCACCCUCAGGUUCCACAUUCGAUGUCGUUACCGCCACCAACAGCGCUGACCUCGGUGCAUGCCUCUCUGCCACACUUUUUACCAAGUCCUGCCUUGGCUUCUCCCGUGGGAUCGUCAUCAUCCCAGCCUGGAAUGGGAGUAAGCAAUCCGCCCUGCUCCACGCUCUUCGUGGCUAAUUUGGGCCAGUUUGUGUCGGAGCACGAGCUCAAGGAAAUUUUCGCGAGGGAGCAACAAAGGGAGAAGAAAAUGGACAAUCUUAAUACAUACAUGCAACUGAGCACUUGACAGCGAACCAUGAUUGUGGCAGGACACACCGGUUGAAUUUGAUGGGCCAGAAAUUCAACUGUACGAUGUACUUAUCUCUGCAAUUAAUUCUUGAACGUAUAUUAUUAAUCUCCUUUGAAUUUUUCGAAUGGAAAAAAUUAUUUGCUUAUCGAUAGGAACCAAUUUAAUGAAAACUUCUCAACUUUGUGAGGUAUGUUACCUGAAUUAUAGAAAAUUAUAAAGGAGGACUUCUUGGAAUUGAAAACGGUGUAUCGAGCUUUCUGAAUUUUUAUUUUGGGCUCGCUCUUUUCAACUAAUGUACUUUUGCUGGUUUAAGCCCUUUAAAAAUAUUUACGAAUGAUGAUUGAUAGAAACAAACCAAAGGUGCCCUAACUUAAGUUAUAGAUUGUAACUAAUAUUGUACCCUUUUUGAUUAGUAUUAUUUGUGUAUGUAUUUUUAACAUUCCUAGCAAUUCUGGGAUAUUUCAGUUUAUUUGUGUUGGUUUUAUUUUGUGUUGUGGCAACUUCAAAAAAUUUAUUCAUAAAAAAAUUGACGUUAAUUCGCCGAUUUACAAUCAAUCGUAAAUGUCAAAUUUUUGGUCACUGCGCAAAAUAUGACCAACAUCCAUCUAGUUAGUCCUAGACAGAAUGUUAUAUGGUUAUCUAGUUAUUGAUAAGACAUAGCUAAUAAGCUUUUCGAACAGUCAAAUUGAAUUUUAUUAGAAGAAAUAUUUAUAACGAUAUCAUCGAUAAACCUUUCGAAUACCUAUACAAACAUAAUGAAAUUAUUAUGAAAAAUUCGUUCAAGUAAUACAAUAAUUUCAGUAGGAGCUUCAGCUUAUAUUGGAAUCUGCAUUUGUUGAAUCGCAAUAUUGUAUAUUACAUGAGAUGAAUUAUCUAGGGUAAGUCGUAUGAUUUAUUUCAUUUUCUGACAUUCUCUCUUUGUUCUAAAAGAAUAUUAGAUUUAAGAAUCCAAAGUUAUUAACGAAGUACAACAGAAUAAGUUUUUUCGCAUUUACAAAAAAUUAUUUUAAGUGCAUAAGAUUCAAAACCAAAUAUUUCUAACCUUACCCAGCGUAUUUUGUGAUAAUUUCACUGUUAACAUUUGCAUGAAACAUUUUUCAACUCGAUAUUAUUCGUUCAUAUUUUAUGUACCCAUAUUGUGAAACAACUACAUGGAAAUAAUAGCCAUUCGAUUCGAAAUGAUUUAAAAUUAUACAAAUUCAUAUACAUAUCUAAUAUGUCAUUGCGAAGUAUACUUUUUGAUAAAAACUAUUUGGACCUCCACGAGUGGGUCCGUAUUUGCAAUGAUAGUCUAAUAUAGGUACAUAAGUUAUUCACCAAAGGUUAAUUUUAAAAAAUUUCUGUUUUUGAGGGGGGAACGAUUUAAAAGAAUCAAUCGAUAAUUCAAACCAUCAGAUGGGUAUUUUUUACGUCAAUAUCAACGUUCUCCCCGUGAAAGCAGGGAAUGAAAUAAAUAAUAAUUAUUUUUAUAAAAUUUUCAAAUACCUAUUUUCAAAAUAACCAAAGUUACAAAUGGGUUCAAGAAUCCUUAGAAUUUAGGGGACAAUUGAUCACUAUCUUAUUAUCGGGUUUGUGUUGUUAUAGAUGUGUUAAAUUAUUGUCUUUGAUUCUAUUUAUUAUUUAUUAGAUUUUUUUUGUUGAGAACCAAUGUUUGAUCAAUGGUCCUCCGAUCAAUUUUUACUGAGACUUAAUUGGUAAAUUUGAAGUAGUGCUUUUUGUGUGAAGUAAAUGUGAUAUAUCUAUGAAAUAUCAAAGUAGAUGUAUUCUGUCUAAGUCAUUCCAAGAUUUUAAUCGAUUUGAUUCCUGCUAAGAA